AUGAAAUUCCUGCCUAUAUAACGAUAAGCACUUCAAGUCUUAUUUAUCAGUUGUCAAAAAACACGUUACUUUUUUGGAGGCAGAAUUUUUAGUGUCAAAAUGGGUGUCUUAGUUAGAGCAAUUGUUAUCCUUUUUACCUUAAAUUUUACUGCCUUUGGUGAUGUAUUACCCGAGUGCGAUGGUGUUGAGAGUAAAACUUUUAUUGGUGAUACAAAUGAUUGUGAAUCUUACAUCUAUUGCGAUGAUGAAGAAUCUUUUUCUUCUAAAUGUCCAACAAAUGAAAGAUUCAAUUCGGAAUUGGGAAUUUGUGAUGAUGCAGAAAAUGUUGAAUGUCUUGCGGAGGAAGGACCUACAACAACAUUAAAACCAUCUAAAACAACUAAGAAACCUAUAACGAAGCCAACUACUGUUGCAUCGUCAUUACCCACUUCGAAGACAUCAGUUAGUAAACCAGUAACAACUGUCACCAAAAUUCCAUCAUCUUCAACAACAAUUCUCACUGAUUCAACAACAACACACACCAGCGGUGAAAUAGUGUGUCCAAAAACUUCAAAACCUGAAGAAAUCAUCUACUUACCUAGCUCACAAUCUUGCUCAGAAUAUUUUAUGUGCGUUAAUAAUAGACCAAUACCUAUGACAUGUCCUAAAGAAUUGGAGUAUAACAGUUUGACAGGUGCUUGUGAUUAUGCCAGUUUGUCAAAUUGCAAAAUUGUUGGAACUACAACUAUAAGUCCUAGACAACUAUGUACUAGUAAUACAUCUGGUUAUUUUGAAUAUUCUAAGAAUUGUCAUUAUUAUUAUCGCUGCAUGAAUGGUUUAAUGACAAUUCAAGAAUGUCCUGCAGGAUUUGGUUGGGAUGCAGUGAGAAAAACGUGCAGUUCGACGGCUUGUAAAGUGGGGAAUUAAAUAAUAAAUAAAUGUGUAAACAUUGUGGUUUAGUUGCCUCAA